UUUCCAACAUCUUUUUCAAGAACUGAAAGAAGAUAGGACAAUGUUCUUCAAAUAUACGAGAAUGAAUCUGUUCAGUUUUAAUAAGUUAUUAGAUAUAUUACAACCUCACCUAGAGAAAAGAAAUUGGAGAGCAUUACCGGCAGAACAGCGGCUUAUUAUUAUACUCAGAUUUCUUGCAACAGGAGAUCAAGUGUCUUCAAUUGCAUUUGCACAUCGAAUAUGUGAAUCCACUGUGUACAAAAUUAUUAAAGAAACAGCCACAGUGACAGUAAAAGUUUUAAGUCCCAUGUAUUUAAAGCCACCGAAAAAAGAAAACUGGAAGAAAAUAGCUGCUGGAUUUUGGAACAAUUGGAAUUUUCCCAAUUGUAUCGGAGCGAUCGAUGGGAAACAUUUUAUUAUCAAAGCACCUCCAAACUCUGGUAGUUUAUUUUUUAAUUAUAAAAAAAGCUUUAGUAUUGUAUUAUUAGCAGCAUGCGAUGAUCAAUAUAAAUUUACGUUAGUAGACUGUGGUACAUAUGGCAGCGCAAGCGAUAGUGGAAUAUUUGCACAAUCAGAAUUUGGAAAGUGCUUAAAUAAUAACAAUCUUAAUAUACCUAUAGGAAAUAUUCAGUUGCCUCUAUCAGAUAUAGAGAUGCCAUAUUAUUUUGUUGCCGAUGAGGCAUUUCCUUUAUCGAAACGAAUUAUGCGACCUUAUCCUGGACAGUUUUUGAAUGAAAAAAAGUCUAUUUUUAAUUACCGAUUAUCAAGAGCUAGACGUAUUAUUGAGAAUUCAUUUGGAAUUCUUUUUGUCGAAAUUAUUCAAGACUUUUAG